ACGUGACAUGGCCUAGCCAUUUGAGUAAAGUGCGACGGAAAAAAAUAUAAUUUUCCCUCUUUCUUUCUCCUCUCUCUAUUGACCCUCUCUCUAUUUCUCCCUCUCUCUCUCUCUCUUAGCGGAUUUCAACUUCUGUUGCUUCUUAAAAUCUCCAGAAAGUAAGUUCAUCAAUUUUGAUCUAUUUGACUAUUUCUAUUUCCGUGUACGUGUAUGGACAGAACAAUUUGAUUGGUUUUAUCGGUUUUAUCUAUCAAUCAAUCUGAAAAGACUCAAUUUAAACCAUGAUUAAAUUUACUAAAUCCUCGAUAUAUUUUAUUCCUUUUAUUUCAUUUAAAAAAAAAAAAAUCAUUUUAUUUCAUUUAUCAAACAUGGCUUCUUACAAUGAGAUUGUUCUUGAAAUAUCUGAGGCCGUAAAGAUUAUUGACUUUAGGGAAGAGUUCAUGAAACAAAACGCUACUAAGUUAUUGUUCCCAACUGUGACGAAGAGCUAUGAAAGGGAAGCAGAAAUUGUUAGGCAGGUUACCAAUUGGCGUAUUGUUAAUAGACAUCUUGUUGGACAUUAUGGCGGACCUUCGGGAGCCUAUAUAGUUCCUAAUGGUGCCGGUGGAACCAACAUCUUAGGUCCUGAUGCAUCUAUUGUCCUCAUCCAGAGGUUUAAUAUGAUCAAAUAUAAAACAGUUUGCAUGUUUUUGCAUCAUCUAUUCGAUUUUUAUUUAUUCCUUAAAUUUAUUAUUGUAGGUGGAAUCAUUACAAAGUCAUCUUACCCACUUUGCCACCUGAAAACCCAAAUUUCCACGGGUCGCUCCAAAUUUUAUGGUAGAAUUACGAUCUGAUAGUGACUCAUCUUUAGGCGUGCAUGAGAAAAUGAUGGAUUGGAUGAAAGGAGGGGUUGAUGUAAAUAGCUAGAUCAAUUUCUGGUGGCUAUUUUGCUAAUCUGCUGAUUAAAUAUUAUCAACAUUUAUCUAGGAGGGAAUGUUAGUUGAUCCUUUCACGAGUAUGGUAAAAGUCUACACCAGAGAUGCAAUAACAAAUACAAUCUAUUGCCAUGAACAUCAUAAUUGCAAUCGAACUACCAAUAUUGCUUCGCGAGUUCUUCUCGGCUUUGUGUUGAGCCUGUACGAUAUUUUUUAAUAGGGAUCCUUUUUUCUCUUUUUAAGUUGUGCUUAGUUGAAAAUUUUUUUUUCAAUAAGCGAAUUAUAUUUUUUACCCGGCCAAUGGCGUUUUGUCAUCUAAUCUAAUAAAGCACAACUAAGCACAAAGCACGAAAUUUUCGAUAUUGGUGUCGCGUUUUUUCUGUUUAUUAUUUU